AUAAUUUGGUAACCUUAAAGUCUUAACCUUUUCGGCUUUUCCCCUAUGAAUCUGAUGCCGGGAGUUUGGAAAUUGGAGAUUCAUGUGGUUGCAUAUCCGCGUGCUCAUUUGCUGAUGCAGGUCUGCAAUGGGUCCGAAAUUCAACUUAAUUUACUAUUUUGCCUCUGGAUUCCAUGAGUGAGCCUUUGAGGAUGAGAAUAAGCCACGUUACAGGCGAUGGAAUAGGAGCGGAAAUGAACGAGAUGGAGAUAAAAGCAAGCACGCUAGGGUUUCUAAACAACCAAAUCUGGUUCAAUGUUACUGUGCCCUAUACCAGUGUAAGUAGUUUUCUGUGGGUGGAAAAAGAAGAGGUUGUCGUUUCUGCUUUCUUUUUUAUCCGGUUUAAUAAUCACAGGAAUAAAAAGAAAAAAAGAUAGUAGUCCGUAUUACAGUACUUAUUGGAAAUUCUGAGGCUGCGGUGCAUCCUCGGAAUAAUAAAAGCAUAGUGUUCUGGUUGGGGGUUUAAGUAUCUGUUGUGUGGCUCUGGUUCUUCUGUUUGCCGUGGCUGACAUAUAUAGAAAGAACUAUAGAAGCAGCUGAGCUACUUCUGUGCGGACAUCUUCAGAUAUCUCUGUAUCACACCCACCUCCUUUAUCUCACAUGAAUGUGCCCAAGAUCAUUGCAGUUCAGUGAUCCAUUACAAUUUUGUGUGUGUUGGUUGUAUUGUACGAUUGAGGGUUGGGAUUGGCUUGUCUUUGUAUUCUUGUUGCUUCCACACAUUUGAUCUUAUGUGGUGAUUGGAUUGGGUAAUUUCUGCUGUCAAAAGUAUUUGCUUUAUUACACAUGAUUAUGGUACAAACUGAAGUAUGUUUUGUGAGUAUGAGAAAUCACGGAUGUCUUGAUUGUUUUGGUGUGCAUUGGGUUCAUGGAAUUAUACUUCCUUAACAAUGAAUGGUUCAUCUGAGUCUGAUUGGCAUAACUCAAAUAGUUCCAGAAAUCUGAGAUUGGUUCAUGGAAGCGCUGUGAGGUCAUCUACUAAUGCAUUGCCUGAUUCCGGGUUUAUCCCAGCAAGAAAGGGAAGAGUGAAAGCACUGUUGUCUCAUAUGAAUCAGCCUAGAGCCCACACUGAGUUUGUAAAGGGGGAGGUAGUGCCUAAUAGAGAUGGCAGGGUGGUUAGUUUGAGAAAGUUGUUGGACAAUCCAGAAAGAACAGUUGACUCUUUUGAAUGUUUGCACAUAUUCACUCAAAUUGUGGAGAUUGUUAAUGUGUCACAUUCUCAGGGAAUUGUCUUUCACAAUGUACGGCCCUCUUGCUUCAUUCUGUCCGCAUUCAACCGUAUUGCCUUUAUUGAAUCUGCAUCCUGCUUUAGUUCUACUCUUGGUUCACACGAAGAUAGGCUAAACAGCCAAGCAGCACAUUUUGAGGGUUCAAAUUCACCUUCGCCUCAUGACUCUGAACUUGAAGGAAAGCAAUCUGUAGCCCAAAGAUUGGAACAUCAGAGGAAUCCUACCAUUGCUUUCCCCAUAGUGACUAAAUCCGUUUUCCAACAGCAGAAACCAUGCCAAGCUAUUAAGAGCCAGCAAAUCGAGGUGGAAGAGGAGGAGAACCAUUCUUUCCCCAUGAAACAAACAUUGCUUUUGGAAGCCAGUUGGUACACUAGCCCAGAAGAAGCUGCUGGUGCUCCAAGCUCUUGCGCCUCAGACAUUUAUCGACUUGGAGUCCUCCUCUUUGAGCUAUUCUGCACCUGCAGCUCACCAGAAGAGAAAAGUGUCACUAUGUCUAGUCUGAGACAUCGAGUCCUCCCUCCCCAGUUACUUUUGAAGUGGCCCAAAGAAGCUUCAUUUUGCUUGUGGUUGCUGCACCCUGAGCCCAGUGGUAGGCCAACUUUGGGUGACCUGUCACGAAGUGAGUUCCUUAAUGAUCCAAAAGAAUAUCUAGAAGACCGUGAAGCAGCAAAUGAGCUUAGAGAAAAAAUAGAUGAGCAUGAAAGGCUGUUGGAGUUUCUUUUGCUUAUGCAACAGAGAAAACAAGAGGCUGCACACAAUUUGAAUGAGACAGUAUCUUUUCUUUCUGCUGAUAUAGAAGAAGUUACAAAUAUGAAGACAACACUGCGGGUAAAGGAAGGAUCUGAUCUUGAAGCAGGUAAGGAUCCAGCUUCAAAUAGGAACAAUAAGGCUGACGAUGAUGAUGGGAACACAGGAUCUAGAAAGCGAUUCAGGACAGGCAUUGGUCCCUGCUAUUCAGAUGAGUCUGGGGACCAUGCGAAUGCGUAUCAGAUAUCAAAGACACUUGUUGAAGAUGAAAGAACUUUCCUCUCCAAAAAUUCCCGUUUGAUGAAGAAUUUCAAAAAUAUAGAGUCAGCUUAUUACAUGACAAGACGCAGAUGUGUAAAGCCGCUCGAUAAACCAUUGAGUAGACAUUCUCAAAUAGGUAGUGAUGGUAGGGUUUUAGCCGUAGCUACUGAUAGGAGUUCUGUCUGUAAUUUGUCAUCAAAGGGAAGCUACUAUAAUAAGGGAACACAGAAUGGAUGGAUUAAUUCGUUCCUAGAAGGCUUGUGCAAGUAUCUCUCUUUCAGUAAGUUAGAAGUGAAGGCAGACUUAAAGCAAGGGGAUCUUCUAAAUUCUUCAAAUCUUGUGUGCUCUCUGAGCUUCGACCGUGAUGGUGAUUUUUUUGCAAGUGCCGGUGUAAAUAGGAAAAUCAAAGUCUUUGAUUACAAUUCAAUCUUAAAUGAAGAUCAUGAUAUUCAUUAUCCUGUUGUCGAAAUGGCUAGUAAAUCAAAGCUAAGCAGUAUUUGUUGGAAUAACUAUAUCAAAAGCCAAAUUGCUUCAAGUAACUUUGAAGGUUUAGUGCAGGUAUGGGAUGUCACAAGAAGCCAACUUUUCAUGGAAAUGAGAGAGCACGAGAGGAGGGUCUGGUCCGUGGACUUCUCAGUAGCAGAUCCAACUAUGUUGGCUAGUGGCAGUGACGAUGGUUCUGUUAAACUGUGGAACAUCAAUCAGGGUGGCAGUGUUGGAACCAUAAAAACAAAAGCAAAUGUGUGUUGUGUUCAGUUUCCCUUUGAUUCUGGUCAUUCCCUUGCAUUUGGUUCAGCAGAUCACAGGAUCUAUUACUAUGAUCUACGGAACUCUAAAGUGCCUUUAUGCACUCUAGUUGGGCACAACAAGACGAUAAGCUAUGUUAAGUUUAUUGAUUCAACAACACUUGUGUCUGCAUCAACUGAUAACACAAUUAAGCUUUGGGAUUUAUCAAUGUCCGCAUCUCGGACUAUUGAUUGCCCUCUUCAGUCAUAUACUGGACACACGAAUGUAAAGAACUUCGUUGGCCUAUCUGUAUCUGAUGGUUACAUUGCAACUGGUUCAGAAACAAAUGAGGUUUUUGUUUACCACAAAGCUUUUCCAAUGCCUGCAUUAUCAUCAAACAAGUUUACUAGCACGGACCCACUUUGUGGAGAUGCAAUGGAUGAUGCUUCACAGUUUAUCUCAUCUGUUUGCUGGCAUGGUAAGUCAUCCACCUUAGUUGCUGCAAAUUCAAUGGGUAAUAUGAAGAUUUUGGAGAUGGUUUAGUGCCAUCAAUAAUCCCUGGAGGUGCAAGAACUACGUUGCAAGAUGGGCAGAGAUUGAUCGGGGUGGUAAAAAUGAAAAAAAGGAAAUUUAAAUGCCUGCAACCAGAGUUUUAGUGGCAUCUGAGGUGAAAUUUAUAGUAGGAACUGGAUGCUACAUCAACACAAAUGCAGUAAAAAUGAUUUUUGUAACUAGUCGAUAGUGGGAACCGCUAAUUUGGAUUUGAGAGAUUUUAGUCUUUUAGAUAACAAUUAGGAGUGAUAAUGCUGAAUAUGUAGUUUUUAGUUCCAUUUGGAAGAUUUUUUGCUCGACUGGGAAUGGCUCAAUGAUGUGAGAUUAGUUCCAUUUUUAUUUGUACUAAGAUCAGUUCCCCUGCCAAAGGAUGUCCAAAAAUUGGUAUGACAGGUCAAAGGAAUUAUUGAUUCGUGGAUUGUCGAACACUCGAACCUUUAUUUAUAGUUUUUGAUCUUUAUUCCAC